AUUUUCUUCCCAGAUCGAUAUAUGAUGAAAUGGCAUUCAAUUCUGCUAUUACUUGAGUUAUCAUGCUAGAGACGAGACAUCCCCUAACCGUCCGAGCCUCAAUAAUUGAGUAUUCAUUUCCCGCAGCAUGUCCUGACCAGCGGAUCGUUGACAGCACGCUUCCUUCCGCUCCACCGGCAGCCUCAGCGAACGCUACACUCUCUGACGCCCUGGAGACAGCUCAAAAAACUUCCAGACAAUGCGUCUCGCUCACCUCCACCUCCCGGGCCUCGUAUCCUUCACGCACGCCUCUCGCCUCCAGCAGCUCCUCGUAUCCCGCCUCCUCGCACACAAAAAACUCUCCCACUCCCCAUCCACCCUUCCAUGCCCGGAUCCGACUAUCCUCACAUUCACGCCUCAGCCGGUCUACACCACCGGCAGACGCGAUCUUCCCCCUUCCCCUGACCCAAACCGCCCCCAACCUAGCUCCAAGGGCCCCUGGCUGCCCACACCCCUAGAACCCAUCCGGCACAUUCUCACCGCCUCCCCACCGAUCGCAGAAUACCAUGCCACGCUACGAGGAGGUCAGACCACCUAUCACGGACCAGGACAGCUAGUCGCAUAUACGAUUCUAGAUCUACGCAGGCUACGAAUCGGGCCGAGAGCACAUAUCCGGCUCCUGGAAGAGACGGUGUUAGAUGUUCUGGCCGGCUACGGUAUCAAGGGGCUCCUGAGCGAUGAUCCGGGGGUUUGGGUCCGGCCAUCUAACGCGACGGGGGUCGAUACGGCGGAUGAUGACGCGGCGCCGAGAAAGAUCGCGGCGGUAGGUGUGCAUUUGCGGAGGUUCGUUAGCAGUUAUGGGGUUGGGCUGAAUGUCACUGAGGAACCUAUGUGGUUUCUUCGACAGAUUGUAGCUUGUGGGUUGGAGGGAAGAGAUGCCGCAAGCCUUGAAGGUCAAGGAGCACAGGUGAAAGGAGGAUUAAGCGAGGUCGCAGAGAGCUUUGUGCAGGCGUUCGUUAGAAGGGUGAACGAAGGGACCGCAAGUGGAGGGUUAGGCCCAAAGAUAGACCAGGUAUAUAAAAUAGAAGAAAAGGAUACCCUUGACUAA